GGAGGGAUAAAUAGACAACCAAUUAAACAACGAAUGGAGCAGAAACGACAAAGGAAAUAACAUUCACACGCCUGAACUCUGUUAGAAGCUGUUUUGUUUUACCGACCAAACCGCAGCUUAAGUUACAGCUAAGUUAGCUAGCAACGAGGGAAACAAGAGCUAGCUAUGUUCCUGUCUUAAAUGACCAGUUAGCUAACUUACUGAAGACAAAGUGGACUCAGACUGACAACAUAAAACAAGCUCGUUGGCGUUUCCCUGAUCAACCUUAGGAUGGCCCAGUGGGACAGGCUGAGGCAGCUGUCUGCUGCGUACAGACAGCAGCUACAUGAGCUCUACGACAGGGAUGCUUUGCCUAUGGAUGUUCGCCACUACUUGUCAACCUGGAUAGAGAAGCAGGAGUGGCAACGAGCAGCACGGGACCAUGACUUGGCCAUGGUGCUUUUCCAGGUCAUGUUGGAGAAUCUGGAUAUCCAACACAGCCGCUUUGUCCAGGAGGAGUCAUUUUUAAUGCAGCACAACAUCAGACGUUAUAAACAAAAUUUUCAGAGGUACCUGGAUGACCCGUGUGCCUUGGCAAGCACAAUCCUGUGGUUUUUGGAAAAAGAGAAGGAAAUCCUGCAGAGUGCUGAACUUGCUGAGCAGGUCCAGCUUCUGCAUGUAGAGCAGGAAGCUAUGGAGAUAAGUAGCCAGCAGGACCUUGAACGUAAAAUCGCUGGCCUCCGGAAUGAAGUGCAGUGCAUGGAACACACAGUGUUGUGUCUGGAGGAGCAGCAAGACGAGUUUGAUUUUAAAUACCAAACUCACAAGAUGGAAGCUGUGGUUGAUGAGACUGUGAGAAAAGAUCAAAUGAGAGUUCUUCAGCUACUUGUCAACAGACUGAAUGAAUUUAGAAAGAGCACACUGGCCGACCUAAAUAAGCUCCUGAAGAGGACUGAGGACGUGAUCGACACAUUGGUCAAGAAGGAGCUGGUGGAGUGGCAGAGGAGGCAGCAGAAAGCCUGCAUUGGUGCUCCAGACAACGUUUGUGUGGAUCAGCUUGAGAAGUGGUUCACCAGUGUGGCAGUGUGUCUGUUCCAGGUGCGGGAGUUUCUUGGCAAGCUGGAGGAGCUCGUCGGAAAAGUGUCCUAUGACAACGACCCGGUGAAGGCCCAAAAACCCGUACUGCAGAAUAGAGCAGACACUCUUCUGAAAGCCUUACUGAAGAGUUCAUUUGUAGUUGAGACUCAGCCAUCCAUGCCUCAGGGGAAAGGACCCCUGGUGCUUCGCACAAACGUCCAGUUCUCUGUCAAGACCAGACUUCUCGUUAAGUUUCCUGAGCUGAACCACUCCAUGAAAGUGAAUGUGUCCAUGGACAAGGAUGCUCCUCAGAUCAAAGGAUAUCGGCGUUUUAAUGUUCUGGGGACCAAAACCAAGGCCUUGAACAUGGCAGAGAGCCAGAGUGGAGGCAUGGUGGCAGACUUCAGACAUCUGACUCUGAAGGAGCAGAAGUGUGGAGGUGGUGGCAAAGGAGUCAGUGAUAUUUCUCUCAGUGUUACAGAGGAGCUGCACAUCAUCUACUUCCACACUGUAUUUGAGUUGAAGGGCCUGUCGGUUGAAUUGCUGGCUUCUUCCCUCCCGGUGGUCAUCAUCUCCAACUCCAGCCAGCAGCAGAGCGCCUGGGCGUCUGUCCUCUGGUUCAACAUGCUCAGUCAGGACACCAAGGACGUCAUGUUCUUUGCCAACUCUCCUGCAGCCCCUUGGCCACAGUUUGGAGAGAUGUUGAGCUGGCAGUUUCUCUCUGCCACUAAACGUGGCCUGAAUGAUGCUCAGCUGGAUAUGAUUGCACACAGACUCUUUGGAACGAGGCAGAACUAUGACACCAGCAAAGUAGCUUGGUCAAAAUUUUGCAAGGAAAAUACACCUGACACUUUCUAUGUGUGGUUUGAUGGCAUUUUGGUGAUGGUGAAAACAUACCUUGAAGACCUGUGGAGGGAUGGCCACAUCAUGGGUUUUGUGAGCAAAGGCAAAGAGAAGGCCCUCCUGAAGAAAAAACAGAGAGGCACAUUCUUGUUGCGAUUCAGUGAAAGUGUCAUUGGAGGAAUCACCUUCUCUUGGGUGGAAACCACCAUGACUGGUGAGCCUGACGUGAAGACAGUCCAACCUUUCACCAAAGUUGACCUUUCCCAGAUCCCCUUCCAUGAAAUCAUCAGGAAUUUCCAGAUCUUAGAAGCAGAAAAUAUCCCAGAAAACCCUCUACUUUACCUUUAUCCCAACACUCCUAAAGAUGAGGCUUUCGGAAAAUACUACUCUGAGAAGACUGGAAGUAAGGAUGACAAUCCUUACAUAAAAUACAUCAAAACGAAGCUGGUGUUUGUUUCAAAGGAGAACACACUGGAGGCUAGGUCACCCAUGUCCUCUGACAUGGCACAGGGUGAAGGCAUGGAGCCAAUGAAUGGCCUGUGUGGAGAGGCAGCUGAACCAAACGGGAAUCCUCAUCCUUUAAAUUCGCCUUUGGAAACAUAUGACCCUGAUCCCAUGCUGUCUGCCCCUGUUGGAGCCGUGGACGAAGAUUUACUGAUGUAUCUCAACAACCCCAACCUCUUUCUUGACUCUGACGUCUUGCAAGAUGAGUCGGUGCUGCCUGAUUUCAGUCUUCAAGGGUUUAACUGCCUGCCCCCACAAUCCUGCGGAAGUAUUUUCCAAUAAGCCCCAGUUGUGUAAAUUUAACCAAUGCACUGUAUCAUUCAGCGAGAGCUUUACUUUUAGCCAGGGAUGAACCGAUCUGAUACUGAUAUUGGAUAUCAGCUUGAUACUGACUCAAAUAGCUGGAUUGGAUAUCGGUAUGACAAGGGGGCCCAUCUAUUCAAUUAAAUUAUGUGCAUACUAUGCGAUGCAUCUGCUGUGCACUGGUAGACCCAAAUGUUUUGCUAGGAGAGCUAAUACAGCAUUUUGUUUCAGAAAGUUAGGAAGCAAUGUUUAAGUCAUUCAUGAUGUUGCCGUACACAUAAAAUAAUUAUUCUUAGUCUCUUCCUCACAGUGAGGAAUACAGAUUAUUAAUUUUAGACUGGUGUCUGAUACCUAAAGCUCAUGUAUUGGUAUCGGGACUGAAAAAGUCAGAUCGGUGCAUUCCUACUUUUAGAUACUUGCAUUACAAUAUCCAUGUCACAAAUUUGUAGCAUGCAUAGCAAAAGCAGUAUUAACAUGGUAGUUUGCUUUGAAUACUGUUUUAAUUUGCAAUACCUGACACCCCUCUGAUAAUCCUGACAGUCAAUAUUUUAAACAGCUUUUUCAGUCAGAAUUUGAGAGCUUGUGUGCACUUUUAUUGUGUUGUGCUGUUGUUGAAAAUAAUUCACUGAGACUGAAACAGAUUUUGCUGGAGACCCCUUGGAACCUCCUCAAGGACCCCUGAGGGGUUAUUUUCUCCAUAAAAUGAUCUAUUUUCACCCAAAUCAUUGAAUGAAGUUGUUGUUUGUGUACAGUAAUCAGUGAGGCCCAGAAACAGUCCGAGGUACCAUGCUGUUGCUAACUAGCUAAUGUUAACUCUGGGCCGCUAAAAGUUUGAAAAGAUUGAUUGAUGAAUAGAUGUGAUAAUGUUACUGGUUGAAAAUUGGUUGGCUUACAUACACACAUGUGCUAUUUGGUUUUACAGAAGAAAACAUGGUUGGAUUUGGAAGAGUACAUAGAAAUUGAUUUCAUUUUUAGGCUAUGUUGUUAAAUAGGUGCACAUUAUUGCUGGGGAUGCGAUCUAAAGGGGGUAAAAGGCAUUUUUAUUUCAUCUACACUUGAAGUUUCUUUUUCAUUAGAGUACAUUGCGUAGACUGCACAUAAUUUAUUGUUUCAAUGUUUGUUUUGAUGUUGCCACUUAAAGCUUGUUUAAACUACUGAAACAUGUUUAUGUCCCUUUAAGUUAUAUGCUUUUAUAUUAACCUGCUCUUUUAAAUCAAAAUGAAACGUUCUCACCAAUAAAAGGGAAAUGGAGAUCAUGA